AUGGCAGUAUACAAACUAGCAGUUGCAUUCGCUCUCAUCUUCGCAGUAGCAGAAGCCCAAAGACCAUUUUACGCCGGUCUCCGACCCAUUGGCUAUCCAGCUGUGGAGUCUUCACCCCUCGGCAACCGAUUUGGAGAGGACUCCAACGCUCCCAUUGAAGCCAGAGGCGAUGGAAACUUAAUUAACAGAAUAGAACAAUUGCCAAUCGAGCAAAGACCAUUUUGGUACCUCAACGCCAAACAGUACGAUGAGUUAAGGAAGAACCCUCAAAAUUACCCACAAAGACCAAACAGCUUCAUUGGUUAA